AUGGCAGAGCGUCCAAGUCGUCCAACAGUGGCUAAUAGAUUGAAACAGUUAUAUACAUCAAAACAAGAUCAAUUGAAAGACGAACUAUUUCAUAUUGAUUUUAUUUCGUUAACUACAGAUAUGUGGAGAAGUAGUCGUCGUCGUUCAUUUGUAGUUAUAACAGCACAUUACACGGAUCAACAAUAUCGAGCAAAAUCAAUUAUCUUAAGUUUUAAAGAAUUUCGCCGUCGACAUUUUAGUAGAAGAAUAUGUCCAUUUGACACGAAUCAUAGAACAAUAUGA